AGCGAGAGAGAGAAAGAGAAGAGGGUGGAGAGAGAGAGAGAGAGCAUGUCACCUCCUGUUGCUACGGCUCUCUGUGGGAUCUCCUGUCGACCUUUCAGGCUGCACACAUGGAAGCAGAAAAGUGUUCGGACAGGUUUAGACGACCUUUAGGUUCGGCGCACUGAAAGAGAACUGCCAAGAACACCAGAGGUGUCCACGCGCCACUCCUCACCAAAGUGACGAAGAAGAAGAAGAAGGUGCGACGUGCUGUCUCUCUGGAGGUGUCCGUGCUAAAAGUGUCACAACGACAGCACUUAAUGUUUUUCUGUGGAUAUGCGGCCGGCUGAGGAAUGAGAACAGUACCGAGGCACCGGCGGCCCUUCCAGCGGUUCUGCUGCUGCGGAGUCGGACUGCUCGCGGUCAUUUGGCUGGUCCAGGUCAUCCAGGCACCAGAAGCUGAAUCCUUAGAAUUUCGAUCGAGCGUAAAAAGUGAGAAGUUGCGCUGGACACGCAGGUUGAUGCAGGAGACCUCAGACAACCACAGCCUGGAUCACCCCAGAGCAGCCAUCCAUGAGUUUCCAGAGGAUAUCUUCACUAAGGAGCAGAGGAAGAAAGGGGCGGUGUUUCUGCACGUGCUGUGUGCCAUCUACAUGUUCUACGCUCUGGCCAUCGUGUGUGACGACUACUUUGUCCCCUCACUUGAGAAAAUAUCUGAGAACUUGCAGCUCAGUGAAGAUGUGGCUGGAGCGACUUUUAUGGCCGCAGGGAGUUCUGCUCCGGAGCUUUUUACUUCCCUCAUUGGCGUCUUCAUCACUAAAGGAGACGUUGGAGUCGGGACUAUCGUGGGCUCUGCAGUCUUUAACAUCCUCGUCAUCAUCGGUCUCAGUGGCAUCUUUGCAGGGCAGACGGUGGUUCUGACCUGGUGGUCUCUGUUGAGGGAUUCUCUCUAUUACAUCCUCUCUGUGCUGGCACUCAUUUUGGUGAUCUAUGAUGCCACAGUUGUCUGGUGGGAGUCGCUGCUCCUUAUGACCAUGUACGGAAUUUACAUCAUAAUCAUGAAGUUCAACUCCCAGAUUCUGGCAUUUGUGACAGAGAGGCUCCAAAACAGCAGGCCGUACUGUGUGACAUCAGAGGAGCGUAGAGAAGACAAGACGACAGAGGAGGCCUCCGUGUGCAACACCUCCAUGGUGCUUUUGAGCAAAGGACAAGCCCGUGAUCAGGACGGUCCUCCGGUCCUCAUGGUAGAUGAGCUUCUCGUCCUCCAUCCUCACAAACUGUCCUUUUCUGAAGUAGGUCUGCGCAUUAUGAUCACUCCCAACUUCUCACCCAGAACCCGGCUCUCCAUGGCGGGACGUAUGGUCAUCAGCGAGAGACAGAGGCUGAUCCAGACUUCAAAGAACCAGCGGGACUGUGAGGACAGCCCCGGAUCAACCAGCAACAGCCUAAAGAGGGAUGGCUCCUGCAGUCUGGAGAAUGGAGGCAGGAGACCUGGGAAAGGAGACGUAGAGUCGAAUGAUAGGCCAGGUGUCGAGGCUGGUCAGCCAGAGGGGGAGGAGGGGGAGGACGGGGUGUUCAGUCCUGUGCGCUUCCCAGGUGGCUGCAGUGCACGGGUGAAGUGGGUGAUCACAUGGCCUCUGGGUGUCCUGCUCUACUGCACUGUGCCUAACUGUGUCCUGCCGCGCUGGCAUCGCUGGUUCAUGUGGACCUUUUUGGCGUCCACACUAUGGAUCGCGGUCUUCUCCUACCUCAUGGUGUGGAUGGUCACCAUCAUCAGCUUCACACUCAACAUCCCAGAUUACAUCAUGGGCAUCACGUUCCUGGCAGCAGGGACCAGUGUGCCAGACUGCAUGGCGAGUCUGAUCGUAGCUCGACAAGGGAUGGGGGACAUGGCGGUGUCUAACUCCAUAGGCAGCAACAUCUUUGACAUCCUUCUGGGUUUGGGUUUCCCCUGGGCUCUGCGCACGCUGGUGGUGGAUCACGGCUCAUUGGUUUUUAUCAAUAAUAAAGGACUGGUGUAUUCUGUCAUCCUGCUGCUGGCGUCUGUGUUCCUGACGGUGAUGAGUGUUCAUCUGAACCACUGGAAGCUGGAUCGCCGUCUAGGUCUUGGUUUGCUGUUUCUCUACGCCAUCUUCCUGCUCUGCUCCAUCCUCUUCGGGCACAUGUGAGGCCUUGAGGUUAUAUGUCGAGCCCAUGAGACAUCACCCUGUGU